AGAAGUCUCACUGUUUUCUUCUUGCAGUCCGGAGAGCACGGCCGCUCGUGGCAAGGCAGGGGAGGUAAAACGAAACCAAGGACAAUGUAAAGGCGGGAGGAGGUAGACAAGCCUGAUUAAUUAGUGAAAUAAAGCCUCGGUAACCAAACACUAGAUUCGAGGUCAGGGCUGAAUACACCACCGUACCUGUACAAAAGGCUAGGACGGUGCUGGUUUGCCCGCACAAGAAACCGCACGAGGAAACCAGACUCCAGAACGGUGAAGGAAAGGAGUGUUUAGCCUGCAUUGCCCGAACACACGGAGGAAACUGACUGCGAAUGUUGCCAAGACAGAAGCAGGCUACGCAGUUUCUCCUGGAGAAAUAGCCGGCCCACCUUCGUUUCUCUGAAGCGUCGGGGAAUCGUCACACAAACCACGCACACGCCGGGGGAGGCGGCAUGUAGCCUGCAAGUGUUGGAAAUUCGUAAGUUGAGGAAAAACGCUGUCUAGUUAGUUAGAUAGGCUACAACGUUGGAGAGUCUGGGAUUAAUUCGGCCUUUUACGGUGCGUUUGCAACUAAAUGUUAUUGUGAAGCCAAUUUGUUUCUCCGGACUCCGCUUCAGACUGGAACAAUGUAAACAGACGGGUUGGAUUCCAAACUGCGCACACGUCUCCCCCUCCCGGGAUAUUCGCGAUGGAGCGGGUCGAGCCGAACCAGGAGGCAUUGGAGCCCCCUAUUCACAGCGCCCAUGGUCCGAACCGGAUCAGACCCUCGUCCUACCGGGCGCUACGCAGUGCCGUGUCCAGUCUGGCCCGCAUCGACGACUUCAUAUGCGAGAAGAUUGGUUCAGGGUUCUUCUCAGAAGUGUUCAAGGUGCAGCACAGGAGCACGGGGCAGGUGAUGGCCCUGAAGAUGAACAUCAUGGCCAGCAACAGAGCCAACAUGCUGAGGGAGGUGCAGCUCAUGAACCGCCUCCGACAUCCCAACAUCCUCAGGUUUGUUGGAGUGUGUGUUCACGAGGGGCAGCUCCACGCGCUCACAGAGUACAUCAACGGGGGGAACCUGGAGCAGCUGCUGGCCAGUGAGGACUACCUGUCCUGGGCCUCCAGGGAAGCCCUGGCCCUGGACAUCUCCAGGGGCCUCCAAUACCUCCACAGCAAGGGCAUCUUCCACAGGGACCUCACCUCCAAGAACUGCCUGGUGCGCUGGGAGGGCGCUGCGUGGUCGGCCGUGGUGGGGGACUUUGGUCUGGCCGAGAAGAUCCCAGAGUACUGUGAGGGGACCAAUCAGGAGCCUCUGGCUGUUGUGGGCUCUCCCUAUUGGAUGGCCCCGGAAAUGCUGAGAGGAGAGCUCUACAAUGAGAAGGUGGAUGUGUUCUCAUAUGGCAUCGUCCUGUGUGAGGUCAUCGCCAGGAUCCAGGCUGACCCUGAUGUCCUCCCUCGCACAGAGGACUUUGGUCUGGACGUGGAGGCCUUCCAGCACAUGGUGGGAGACUGUCCGGCAGCCUUCCUGGACCUGGCCGUCACCUGCUGCAAUAUGAGUGCAAGCCGUCGCCCGCCGUUCUCAGAGAUCGUGGCAGAGCUGGAGCAGAGAGAGACAGACACUCAGAAAGACCAACCAGCAAUGAAGGUGUCCGUGUCUCCUGAGCUUGACUUGGCGAGGAGGCGGUCCCUCCGCGCCCCCUCCUCCGACCCGCGGCUCUCCCGCAGCAAAUCAGACAUGCUGCCCCCGGCCACGCUCCUGACGCUGGCCCCGCCCGCCCGCGUCAACCCCUUCUCCCAGAGGGAGGACCUGAAGGGGGGCAAGAUCAAGCUGUUUGACACGCCCAGCAAGUCCGUCAUCUCUCUCACCUUCACCCUGCCCCAGCCCCCCAGCCCGGACACCUGCCACCCCACAGAACCCCGCGGAGACGGGGGGACGCCCCCCCGUGGACGACACCGGCGCUGCCAUUCGCUGCCCUGCACCCCCCCUCCUGACAUCACCACCCCCCAAGAGUUCAUCCUGCCCUCGGGAGACGUCCCCGAGGGUGAGGAGAGGGAUGGGUGGAGGGCGGAGGAUGGAGAGAACGAGGAGCUUAGUCUGGGAGGCUUGGAGGAAGAGGAGGAGGAAGAGGAGGAGGGGAAGAGAGAGAGUGUUGACCUCCCAGCCAACGAAUCAGGUCUUCCCCUCAAUCUCGAACUGCUGUGUCUGGAACAAACGGAGGAGGAGGAGGAGGAAGAGGAGAGCGCAGUGGAGCCGAUGGACUGCACCAGCUCCCCGGACAAACUGGACGGCCGUCCCUCUCUUUCCUCCCCCUCGCCCUGCUCCUCUCCCUCCCCCUCCCCGUCCCCCUCCCUCUACACCAACGGCUGGGCCAUCAGUCCUGUCUCCAACGGCCCCCCCUCGCUGCCCCCCCUCCCCAUCCUGGACAACAACAACACCCCGGUGGUGAUGAGCCGCCCCCUGGCCUGGGGGGCGCCCAGCAGUAACGGAUACCGCUCCCCGUCCGAGGGGGGGGACCCCCCCGGGGCCCCCUCGCCCUUCGGCUCCAGCUCGGGCCACUCCCUGGACCAGCAGGACGAGGUCAUUUCCUGUCCGGGCUGCUGCCUGGCGGGCUUUCGUUUCCCCUCGGUGUGUCUGCGUGCCCCCCCGCGACGGAACCCCUACAAGAACUUGAACGGGGACGCGGCGUCCGCCAGGGGCCUGCUCUACAAGGGGGGCCCCAAGGGGGGGCUCUCGCCCUCCUCCCCGGAGGCUAGCCGGGUUCUUCCUGGGGCACAGACAUAGUGCAUGAGUGUUGGUAGUCUGAGCCUGCCUUCUCCUUGCCCGGCACGCUCGCGUUGGGCUGGGUGUCGAUGUUUUUAACCUGCCUGCUUUUCCUGUGUCCUCGUCUCCAUGGUGACAGCAGUGAUGAGAUGAAUCCACUCUUUGGUUAUGAAGGUGUGUCUGUGAAGAUGUGAGGCUGCAUCCAUUUGCCCCAGAUUUAGGACCAGAUCUAGGCUACACUAUUCUUUACUGGACUCUUAGUGAUAAAUCCAAAGCUGAUCCUAGUUCAGUACUUAAGUCUGGGACACAUUCCACUCCCUACCAGUUGUGUUGAUGCUGCUGCCCUCUGCUGGACUGAGGUUGGAAAGUCAGCUUUUGAAAAGAGCUGAAUGAAGCUUAACAGAACCGUUUCGUUAACCCAACCAGGAUCAUUUGGUUCCGUCUAACCAAUAAGAAGCAGUGAUGCUGCUUGUCCCUCAGCAUGAAACACUCCCAUUGGUCCAGCUUGUUGGCUGUGACGUACUGUGACUGUAUGAAUGUUCCUUCCAUUAUCUUUGGACGAUGGCUCCGCCCCCGCCCAAACCUUGCGGCUGUAUGUACUCUUAACUGGCUGAUGAUGAUGAUGCUCAAAUGAGGAAUGUUGCUAUGACGAGUAUUAUUCUAAUGUUAUGAUUUGGAUGUUGUGGUCAUCGUGGUGGGCAGUUUGCCUUGUUAAGCUCAAGAGCUGUAAGUAUACCUGUGUGUGUGUGUGUGCAUGCGUGCAUGUAUGUGGGUCUGCAAUGAAUCGUGUGUGUGUGUGAGCCUGUGUUCCGGCUGCUUCUUCUCCCUGAUAAAGCACUUAAACCGUGUGAUUAUUGCAGAUAUUAUUUUUUCCGGUUCCGAGACCAAGCUACAAACCGAGCUAUACAGAUUCCUAUUAUUUAAAAAAGCUGUUGAAUAAAAACAUAGAAUGGAA